GCAGCCGUUCUGUUGCCCGGCUAGACGCAACUCGAAUCCGCGGCAAGAGACAACAUUUAUAAUCAUACAUUAAUAAAAUUCACCAAUUAAUGUCAACUCAUAGAGAGGAGUGAACCAACCGGUUUCAACUGAUGAAGUGAAUCCGAUAAAGAGAUAAAAAUUAAAUGUGUACGUCAGUGAAAUCCAAAAGUGUAAAUGUUCAUCUUCGAGUGCAUCUGAUGCUGUGUUGUGACAGUGAAUCCUGGGCCUUGGAUUUACACCGGAAGUGCCCAUUGUUUUGGAUUAAUAGCCGCAGUCAUCUGUUACCAGUCGAUUCGAUAGCUCCAAUCAUGGGUGCAAAGGGGAUUAAUCAACGGUAUGGAGGAGUCACCGACUGAUGAUCAGAGGAGAGUUGAAGACAUCCAGCAGAACACCAGAUCAGCAGUUAUCAGUGAUGGAGACAAUGAGGGAGUAGCGAACAACAGUCGACAGCCGGUCCGGAAUUCAGGAGAAAUCGGCAAGUCCUCAAGGGGAAUUCGAUCACUAAUUUCGACGGCAAGAAAUUUCCCAGAUUCUGAUGAACGGAGAACGAGUACAAAGAAUUUUCUGAAGGUAUGCAAAGUGACGCCGACGAUUCCCGUGACACCCAAUGAAAUCGGUGCACCGAUAACAGCUGAUGCGAAUGGGAAUCUAGAAAAAACUUUAGAAGUCGGAGAUAUUAGUGAUAUCAAGAGGUCAGGGAUAUCGCAGUCUGUAAUCGGAAAGCUUCGGGAGAACCUAGUGAAGAUUGAUUUGACUACUGCCGAAGUAUUCGAAGGGAAAUUGCCGAUCUUCAAACGAGACUGCUAUCGUCAUUUGAAUUUUGCAGAAAGACCGAACGCAGCAUCGGAUGCUGAUUCUAUAUCCGAAGCCUCGUCUAUCUCCACUCUAAAAUCAGAGAAGCCCAGGUGGAGUAAAGAGGUGUUGGAAGUCGAGAAGAGGUGGUCUGGGGAAUUUCUAGACAGUCACCUAGAUCGCAACUCCUCGGAGUCUUCGAAAUCCUCGUACAUCGAAGAGGUUGGAAGUGUAUCAUCGCAUGAAAGUGGUAAUCAUCUGACAAUCUCCACGCAAUCUCAAUCCGAAACGGACACAUUUCAGGAUGAUCUGAAAGAUUGUGAGGAUACUCUCAGAAAGAUAGACUCAAGUUACUGUGUCGAGGAAAGAAUUAAGGCAGACGAUGACAUAAUUGAAAGCCUUGGGGACAAGAAUGGAAAGAAAAGUGAAGACAGUAACUUGAAAGAAUUCUCGUCAACAGCUCCUCAAGAGAGAGAAGUCAGUGUCGAGUCAAGCCUCGAAGAAUCGAUUAAAGAGCCACCAGUAGACGGUUACGCAGAGUUAAUUAAAGGAAUAACCAUGGACCCUUGCUCUUCAAGCCACAAAGAAGAGAAGAAAAAGAAGAGCGGCCUCCGUCGACUCCUGCCUGGUCUAUUUUCCCCGAAGGAUUCUCGAAAAGAUCACAGGAAGGAACACAAAGAGAGAAAAAAACGGGACGAGAGGCACUUCAACCAGCACCAGCAGAAUGGAAUCUAUACGAGAUGUCCUGACACCAUGAACUUGAAUGACGAUAUAAAGCAUAACGUCAACUUGGACACUAGUCUGAACGGUUCGAUAAUUGAAGAACGGCUCAACGAAAUCAAACAAGAGCUAUUCCCCAAUCAGGGAAUGACCACCAGUACACCAGAUCACUUCCUUCAGGAGCGAGGACUUCAUCAGGAUCGCAGAACGCCUAGAUUGUACACCGUUAACUCAUCGAUAAGUUCGAUUGCUGGAGAGGACAGAUGGACGGAUCAGAAUAUCAUAAGCGGUUCGCCAGAUAUGAGAAAGUUAAAGCAAAAGAUUAGGAAUGACGAUAGAAAAUGCAACUUAGAGCGUAAGCACAGCCUUCAGGAGUCUCAGCCUCGCUUCUUCCGGAAUCACGGAUCAUCAGGUAGAAUUUCCGCUCCACCAUCUGAACGCUAUCUCAUACGUCCUCGUGCGGUGCACCCCAUUGAUCGGCCUUUACCCGCUAUUCCGCAGAAAAUUGAGUUCUCGAAUUACCAGAAUCACGAGGAGAUUCGUAAACACGGGGGAUAUGGCCAUCAGACUGUGAUGAAUUAUCAAGGUCCAGCCUACUACACAGGCAAUCAGAAUUACGCCAAUGAGGCAGAACUGUAUGAGAACGGAAAUCAUAUCGAGAGUGUCGAGAUUAAUAGAAAUCAAAGCAUCGACUCUGGAUUCAAUUUGACACCGGUAUCGACGCAGAUCAAGCAGAAUCAUCCAUUUGUGAUAACUCAGAUUAGUGAUAAGAUCGGUGUCAACGUCGCAAGGUCCUCUAAGUACUCCCCGAAUUCGAGUCAGAAGUCCGGAGACUACGCAGAUUCAACUUACACUCCGAAUUCGAGUCAGAAGAGCGAAUUCUCUCCGGGUAGUUCGAAGAGUGGAGAGUACUACCUGAAUUCCCCCAGGAGCAGUUGCCGGAUGUCUCCGGACACGAGUUUCAAUCGUGACCAAUCUAGUCAUGAAAAGACAAUCACACCAAGCGAUGUGCCUAAUUCCGAAGUUCAUCGGCCUGAUAAUUUGUAUGAUGAGGCGCCAAGAUCACUAUCAGCGAGUCCGCGUCAGCCUCAGCUGAAUGUGUCUCAGGAAGGUACGGGUAUACGUGCGUCUCCAAAUAUUCCGUUAUCCUCAAAUCUUGCCAAGUUACGAGCAAACGUGGAGGAUGCCUCGAACACUGAGUAUGAAGAGCAAAUCGGCCGGCUUUCAGCACCAGUUCUAAACUCCUGUUCUAUUCCUCCUUCGUUGGGGCAACCACCUGUUCAGAGAGACAAGUCCUUAGUGAUUUUGACUUCAGCUCCAUUGGAGCGAAGAGUAACGUCACCUCUGACUAUAUCAACACUCGAUAACUUGUCGAUCGAGGACAACCGAAGCCGAUCAUGCACACCAAUAAUUUCGGGAACAAUCCAAUCACCAAGAAUACUUAUCCAGACGAAGAGCCCCGAGAAGCUCCGGAUGGCAAUGUCACCACAAUCUGCCUCUCAAAUGAAAACAACUUCCACUACAUCUACGUUCCAAUCCAGGAAGGCACAGCCUAACGAUCAAAUUCUGAUAGCUUCACCAAAAAGGGAUCCUAUCUACGACCAGCGAUCGCCAAAUAGAGUGGACCCUAGGUUCAGAGGAUCUCAAAGCACUAGGACUGAGUCUCCCAAUUCGGUGCACAGUCGCCAGAAGCUGUUACAUCCUGUUGCUGAAGCUCUUGAUCGAAGUGAAGGAAUAAGUGAACAAGAAGUGCGUCAUCAGCCACCUCCUCAGGCCUUCCGAGACGAGCCCCAAAGGCCGUUAUCCCCCGUUAUCCGACAAAUAAUUCCUGAAAAAGGAAUUCCAAAGCCGGAAUCGGUUUAUGCUGACAGACAAACUACUCAGAGAACAAUUAGUCCCAUCUCUGGUACCUCUGAUAAGAGUCGGCAUUGCGUUAAUGGACCACCGGAUUCAUUGCUCAUUCGAACUGUGCCAUCAAAUUAUUCACUGCAAUCUCCCAAAACUCCUUUGAGCAAGGGACCUGACCAGAGAAGUCGCACGUCUCUGACGAGUUCUCCAGAGAAAGCUGAAGUUCAACGAAGAGUUGUUUCGCCAGUUGGAAGAGCUUCAAACCUCAUCCCCGAGAAUUCUGAAUCGCUGCUACGGAGGAAGAAAAUCCAGAGUCCCUCUAGUGAACGUCCUUGCGCUGUAUACGACGAAAAUUUAUCGUCUGAAGGGACACCCGGAAGGAGAGGUCCAUCCCCAUCGGUUCCGACGGUUCGCACGAAGUCUCCUGGACACCGUCUUGAGCAAAAUCCAGUACCAAAUCAGCCUGUUUACGGCACUAGACAAGAGAUUCCAAGGCAAGAGCCGAUAUACGACAAGCGUGAUGUAAAAGAGAAAAUUUACGCACAGAGGACCGAAAAGCAGCAACCGAUUUACAGUCAAAAAACAUCUGAGCCAAUUUAUGAUCAGCAGUCUAACAAGCAGACAUCUCCGUUGAAGUACCAAACUCUGCAGCAUCUGGAGGCGUUCUACUGGCAACAGAAGGCUCUCGAGAAUCAACGAACCUCUACAAACUCUCCAACUAUGCCUAAACCAUGUCAAGAUCUUAAAGCCGACAAACCAGAGGUUAGAGAAGCGAUUUAUUGGCAGCAGCUGAAGAAAUUGAAUGACGAACAGCAGCAGAAGAUCUUCGAAAGGAAUCAGUUUGAAGAUUGCAAGGAGCUGCCGAAGGAAAAGCUCCAAAUAUCGCCAGUGAGGGGUCAGAAGACGGAUCAUCAGCAACAGCUGGAGCAAGUGUAUGGGCAGACAAAGGUGCAGCCCAAGGUGCAUCUGUCAUCAAAGCCACCAGUAGUCGGGCAGAAGUGCCAGAAUCAACCGGUCCUCGUGGUGAGGCCUCAGCAGGCACUUCGCGAUACUAACGAUCUCAUCAGUCAAAGAUCCAAGAGUGUCUCUCCGCACUUCGUUCGUGGCUACGAACGUCGGAGCUUGCAGCUACCCAAAAAGACUGUGGGAACGAUCGAUGAUGGAGGAUUCACCGAUUGCAGGAUCGAUCCACCAUCACGAAAAUUGAUUACACCACCGAUUUAUGAUGACACUGACGAUCGCAAGAAUCCACCACCGAUUUUCAAACGCGGUAGCUUGAUCAGCAACUCCAACAGUUCCGUUGAUUAUGGAACAAUAGGAACGAAGCGAGUUAGCUUCUCAAAUCAAGCGAACUCCCCGGAAAUUGGCUCGGGUAAUUGGCCGACAAAGCAUGGCAUGGCGCCUGAACCCCCGACCAGAAGACACAGGGCUGAGGACAAAACGUCUGACACUACGGAUCUGGCUUUUGCCAGGGUUCAAGAGGAGAAUCAAAAUAAUGUGAAUAAGAGUGCUAAUGAUAUCUAUGGGAGCAACAUUUGUGGACAACACGAGGUGUCUCAAGGUGUUGAGUUUGAUGCUAAACCCUUGCCACCACCACCCGUUGCUGGUGUCACCAACGACAGGGGCAACGGUUACAGGGACAAACGACAGCAGAGAAUCGAUGCUCAGCGAGCCGUUCACGAGAGCCCCAGGAGGUGGACCAGGGCUAGUGAGAGUGAAAGUGGGAGUGAGACUGGGGAAGUUCAGAGAAUUCUUCACCGCAGAAAUGAAGAAGAGUGGAAUCCGGGUGGUAAAGGGCGCCAGUCCGAUGACACCGGUGGAUCAGGCAGGGCGGAGGGUGAGGGUGGUUCGAACGAUCUUGGUGGUGGUCGUAGGAGCGGCGUCAUCGGAGUUUUGGGGACCGUCGGGGUAACGUCGGCGAGGGCAGGGGGUCCACUGGGGGGCGGGGGUGGCCGUUCGAGGGACGAGCCAAGACGGCACACCCUCAGCGGUGAUCACGCGCCCUCCCUUCAUCACCAGCAAUUUAACACCCAACAAUUACAUCCCCUGCAUCCCCAUCAUCUGCCACCACCACACGGACAGUACGGUACACCACCCAGACACGGAACCAUGGAUCUCGAGAUGGGAACCAAGUCACGCCAACGAAAGUCUCCACUUCCGAGGGGAUAUCCGCCGCCGUCAACGGCGAUGCUCUUCGAUGAUGACCCGGGAAUCAUGUCGGAGGUGGAAACUUCUUCCACGGGAUUCCGAAGGGGUGGAAAACAGCGGAGUAGUCUCCCAGUGGUGCGAACCGCAAGCAAAACUCUGGAAAGACCACUAGGCGACUCCCUAGGACUGGUGUUCCUGCAGUACAGGAAGGAGACGAAGAGGGCCCUCUUGCCGAAUGAAAUAACGAGCAUCGAUACUGUUAAAGCACUCUUCGUCAGGAGCUUCCCCAAGCAGCUGACGAUGGAGUAUCUUGACAGCCCUGAUGUCAAAGUUUACAUUCACGACAGCAACAAAGACAUGUUCUACGAGCUCGAAGACCAUCGAUCACACCUGCGAGACAUCAGAGAUCGGAGUGUGCUGCGACUGAUCGAAAAAAACGACAUUGUGGGAAUGCCAGGACCCCUCCAGGGUGUACCAGUGGGUGGUCAAGGCUUGCCACCCCACUGGGAGGACCAGAGUUACUUCAGCGAGCCUGAAUUCGACAGUGAAUUCCAACACCAACACAUCCACAAGAGCAAGACGGCGAAGAAUUCUACAUCUGGAAAUUAUUACAUCAGUGGAAGCAGUACAUUACCCAGAGGUGGACCAAUCAUGAGAGCCUAUAGUCCAGCAGCGCCUGUUCUUGCUGGACCAAAUGCAACCCCAGCACAACCGAAGACUUUGGGUACUCCAGGUGGUGGAGUGGCACCAGCCAAGCCGCUCCGGGGAUACCAGUGCGGUAAAACACCCCUUGGCAGCCUAGGGGGCUCUACACGAUUCUCUAGAGACAGCUCUAUAUCCCUUUAUAGUAUACCAGAUCGUUUACACGGAGAAAGCGGCUACAUGAGCAGUCCAGAACGCAGUGGAGGAGUGGGAGGUGGAAUUUCGAGGUACCCGGGGUACAGCACCCAGAGCAGCUACGAGGAGCCGUACUAUUCGCAAUAUUCUGGCACAGUAACGCCAGUAAUCGACGAAGAGGCCAGCGAUACAGAACUGUUGGAGGAAUCAUACAGUCUGUAUGGGGUUAAACCACCGGGUCGUCCACCGUCAGGUCCCCCAAGAUCCCCGUUCCCUCCAGGGGCGCCCGCACUACCCGGGCAGACCUACGACGUAACUCGGAUAAGGGUGGAACACAUGGAGAGACAGCUUGCUAAUUUAACUGGUCUCGUGCAAAAGGCCCUAACCCAUGCUCCACACACCAGUCCAUCACCCAGGGACUAUCUCCAAGUCCCAGCUGGACGUGAUCCUUAUGCCAGAAGUGCAGGCGCCGGGGAUGAGUUCGACAAACACUCUAGCUCCAGCUCUGCCUCACUGCCAGAUUUUUCUUCUCCACCUGCCGUUACAGAUGACUCGUACUUGAGGACUGAUGUUAAACCACCGAAAUUAGGCAAAGACAAGUCGGUGUCCUUCGAAAAAUCCGUUUCGUUCAGUGACGAGCCACCAGACAUGAAUUCACCCAAACAACACUCACCUCAACAUGCAGCGGAUACAAAACCGACGAAACCAGCAAUCAAGUCAUCCACUUUACCACGGAUGUCUUCGCAAGAGCGAGAUCGUCAUAAACCCAAUUUACCCCCCAAACCCGUGGCCCUCGCCACUGGUGGAUAUGUCUACCGCGAUUUGGCCCUGACACCAGAAAUGUAUAAUCAACUCAGGGGUCUUCAGAAAAAAGCUAAAGAUCUUCGUCAAGAAGUUCGUAAUCUCAGGAGAAUGUCGCAGGCCCAAGCUCACACGGUCAGAGAAACAAUUAGAGACACUUUCAUCACGAUUCGAGCAAUGUUAUUAUCGGGUGGUGAUGCGGCAUGGGCAGCUGGGGACUCGGAGAAAAUAAGAUUGAGCCGCGAAGAGGACCUCUACAAACAAGAAAUGAUUAGGCUGGAAAAAGAUCUCACCGAGCUAGAGAGUACGGUGGAGGAACUGCGGGGAAAUGUGAUAAACAGAAAGACACGUGUCAACAUGUCGGACGUCGAGAGCAUGGCAUUGGUUCUGAGUAAAUCCAGCAAAACAGUAGCAGAUCUCAAAGUACGUUUCCCAAGCCUCCAGGAGGGUAUGAAAGGCCUUCUGAGUUCUGAGAUGGAGAAGGUAGUGAGGGAGGAGAAAUUCCUCAAGGAAGAGCCAGAACGACUCGAAUCUGCUCUGAGGCGGUGCAAGAAACUCACUGGUACCCUCGUCACGCUCAAACGCUUGGCCUCGGUGCAAGAGCAACGAUUACCAAACGCAGUGAGCCUAGACUCUGAAGAGACACCACCAAUAACCCCAACAUCAGCCCAACACUCAAAGACAACUGCCCCUGUGCCAGCGGAACGCACUGUCCUGGGGUCAGCGGGCGUCAUCGGGGGAGGGUCCCACCCUGGUGAAUCAUCCACCCCCCAUCAGCAGCGUCCGGAGAACGCACUCGACGCUCUGCUAGAUGAACUUCAAACCUUCUCUCGUCCAUCAUCCCAACUGUCCCAAGUGUCAUCAACAAGCCACCCAACAAAUCACAUCCCAAAUCUCAUUGAAAUCGGUAGAUCCUCAUCGCAAAUAGUGCAAUCGAGUGUGCGCCCACCAAAUAUCUCCGAGAUCGGUCGCAAGGGUAGUAUAGAUUCAUCAGGAAGUAUCGGUAUAAUACCAACGAGUACAACCCUACGUCGAUUGCACUCAUACCCCUCGAGCUCCGAUACAGACACAUCACCACCGAUAGCAAGACUCCAGGUGUCAGAUGGUACAGCAGCACCACAAAAGCCACCAGUUCCCGAGCGAAACGCCGAGCUUUUGCAAUUGGCAACAGCCAGAAGAGUUCCACCUCCACCCCCACCAAGAACAAGCUCCAGAUCACCCCUGGCGAGUCCCACGAGUCCACAAUUGCCACCGAGAAAUCCAACGGGAACCCUGAGAAGAGGUCGACCCAAUGCCAAGGAGACGGGAAAGCCACCGAUGGCACUACCACCAGGAGCUCCACCAUCUGCAGAUGAAACUGGACAGAAUCAGCCCCAGAACAAUAUCCUCUCGACAUCCAACUCCAGCUCCUGCGAGAGCAUCAACUCUCAGGAAGGGGUGCAGAAUAAAAAGGGCAGGCAGGAGCAGCUGGAGCAGCGACACCAGGAACUCCUCCGAAAGCAGAAGGCUCUACAGGAGCAGUACGCAAGACUUCAGCAGCUUCAGAGAAAUACAUCGGGAUUAACGACUGUUCCACCAACUCCACCCGAUCUACUCAAGAAAACCGGCUCCGAGAGCAAUUUACUCGCUAAAAUGGGCCUGAGCAUGAGCGCUGCCAAUUCUGGAUCUCUCACGAGUCUCACAACACCGAAGAACGAUCAGACUGUCAAUGAUAAUCAGGUACAGGCACCAGCUGUUGGCAAUCAAACUACAACAAGUAAGAUUUACGAAACUGAUAUUCUGUGACCGAUAAUCGACAGGCUCACUGGAUACUUCAUUUUUCUCUUUGAAAUCAAUUUUUCUUCAUGAGAAAUAAUCAUGUCAAGUCCCUCGAUUCGUUAUCUAUUUUCCUGUUACUAAUCACGCGAUUAUUAUUACAAUUGAGUGAAGAAUUUUUACUCAAUUCUAUUAUGAAAUUAUUGUGGAGGAUUAUAAUGGGUUACAAUGUUGCGAGAUUAUUUGUUGCGUAUAUUUAAUAUUAUUAUUGAUAAUCUGUUUUUGGGAAUUGGAAAUUUGUUUAUGGGAGAUUUGUCAUGCGCUUGUCGAAAUUUAAAUGUUGAAAUUUUAUUUGCUUGCGUAUGACAGGGAAGAGGAAUUUUUCAUGGGGUGUUUAAUGGAUGUUGUAGCUUUAGCUACUCGGAUGAGGGUAGAUAUGAGCUUGGAAGGAAUAUUAAUGAGCUCGACGAGUGCCAGGGUGUAAAUACUCGAAACCUUCAUUGAAAGAAUAAUCACGUUAUACCAUAGAAAUAAAUAGGGGUGCGUAUUUAUAGAUUGCAGAUUAAACCCAGGAGGAUUAUUCAUUUAGACGAGAAGAAAUAAAAUUCAUCCAUCAAUUAUCUCUACCGUUGAAUAACGAAUUUAAUCAGAUAAGAAAUAUUUAAUGCUCGGUUUUGGCUGUUAAAUUGUUUAGAUAUAUGUCAUCGCGGGAUGCGCACCGGUUGAUAAUUCCUGGGGAUUCCCCGUGUACGUGAAAAAAACAAAAAUCACUAAUAAAAAAUUCUCACAUGGAUUAUAUGUGUAAUGCGUAAUUGCAAUUACGAUUUUUCAGUCGUUAACGCAUUAAAAGCAUUAAUCUGAUAUUAAUCGUAAUUAGUAGUUGUAAUAUGAUGCAGAUUGGAAAAUUUAAAUGAUCAGUGUGAAUGGGAAUUAGUCGGGAGGACGUACCGUAUAAAUUAAUCAUUCAUAUUCAAAACCCAUAGAGCGAUAAUAACAGAUUAAAUAAAUGUGUGAGCUAUACGAAUUAUUGAGAGUGGUGAGGUGUGAAGAGGAGAUUCAAUGAAUUGUAACGACUUAUAUGAGUGUUUCGUGGGGCUUAUCAUGCUCAAGUCUCCGUGGCUGAAGUAAUCAAGAGAAAAACAAAGCAUUAAUUAAAUGAAGUAAUUAGUUGACAUAACUGCAUUAACAUUUAACUUCCCUCCAUUCACUUCCAGAAUUGAAUAAAAAUAGAAAUUUGAUGUUGUUUGUGAAUGGAGAGAGGAUGAUUAUCAUUCUAAUCAUUUACAUCACGAGAAUCUCAUGUCGACAUGAAUGUUAUGAGUAUCCACAACUAUCCACAUAUAUAUAUAUAGAAAUACAUAAUAUAAUAUGCACGUAUAAUAAAAAUGGAAGUCAGAGAGUAAAAUCACUAUUGCAGGAUGCCAUAAUGAAUUAGGAAGUUUUUUCAACAGAUAUAAAUUCGAGGAGUAGAUGACACUUCACUCAAUAGAAUAAUCCCAUCAGACAGAGAGAGAGAGAGAGAGCGAGAGAGAGAGAGAGAGAGAGAGAGAGAAAGAGAGAAAUUUAA